AUGUGUGGAACUGUCCGCCCAAGUCACGUCAGCGCAGACCUUGAGAAUUCCGAACAAGACAUCUACAAAGUCGCCGAACUUGAUGCCACCCGUAACCAGGAUUCCAGUUUUUGUCUCGGAUCUGACUCUCUGCAAGUAUGGUUGUGCAAGAAAUGCACCUUUAAGAACGGCAUUGACAAAAAUAAAUGCGUUGAAUGCCUGUUACCUCGUGACCUUGAAGUAGAACCUGUUGACAGCCUAAAAGAGGAAGUUAAAGUUCAGAAUAGAUGUUACACACUACCACUGAAAAUAGAUGUUCACACAAAAAAUCAGGAAAACAUAGAUGUAAAUACAAAAAAUCAGGAAAACAUACGUUCAGGGCAAAACUCGCCUAACAGAAAUGCACAUGUGGAGCUUUCGCAGUCUCAAUCCCCUAAUGAGCAGUCAGGAAAAGAUAAUAAUCGCUCAAGCUCCAAUAAAAAUUGCAGUGAAAACUUGCAGAACCUACCAGCAUCCACUCCUAAUUCCCCAACUGUUGACUUGCACUGUAACAGCAUUUCAAACAAAGUUACCAUCAUUCCCUAUAGCUUUGGACAAAAAUCACCAAAACAAACAUCCCCGAAGAACAAUCGUUCUGGGCAGUCCUCACCGCAGGAAAUACGAUCUGGGCAUUCGUCUCCAAUCAGUGGGGAUUCACCUAUAGUCCAGCGCUCUAUAAAAUCUAAUAGAAAUUUAAAUCAAAAUCAGGUCAUUCAUGUGCCUGACGGUGCAGGUGCUAUAGGAGGUUGCCGCGAGGAUGAUCGAUUGGAUCGUAAACUUAAAAAAAUACGUAAAAAACUCACCACUGAAGACUUAGUUUGGUUGAAUGCUUGUGAGGGUGUAGUGAAUGGAGAUUUAGCACGCAUUGAUCAGUACCUAACCACAGGCGGUGACCCAACUAGACAGUUGACCAAAGAUGAGGUCCUAUUACUGGAUCGUCCUAGUGCUUUUGAAGUGGGUUACACCUUAGUACAUUUGGCACUGAGGUUUCGACGGGAUGACAUGGUUGCUAUUUUACUAGCUGCUACAGAUAUCACCUCCAAAGGGUUCAAGCGACUGCCAUCUUAUAUUUGUCCAGACCUAUCAGCAAAUAUAAGACGUGACAUUCGACUACUGCUUAGACAAAAGAAAGGAACAUUUCCUUGCUACUUCUUUGAAAAUUCAUCAACAUUUAGUUUACCAGCAGAUAUUGAAGACUUGCCGCGUCAUGUUCAAACUCAACUUUUUGAUGAAAUUUUAGACACUGAUGUUGAAAAAGAGUUGAAUGAUGAGCUGGUUAUAAACUGGAGCACGGAGAUCACCGAGAAGCUUGGUAGUCGCCUGUACGCUCUCUGGAAUCGCACUGCGGGGGACUGCCUGCUGGACUCCGUGUUGCAGGCCACCUGGGGAAUCUUGGACAUUGACAAUACCCUGCGCGGGGCUCUAGCCAGCACCUUACAUGAGUGUGGGAACUGUUUUUAUCACCGCUGGAAAGAGUAUGAGAAGCGUCAAGCAGACCUGCUGAAGUUCACACUUGACGAGUCCCAGUGGCAGAGGGACUGGGCGCUACUUCUCAAACUUGCCAGUCAGCCUGGUGCCAGUUUGGAGCAGCUUCACAUAUUUGCCUUGGCACACAUCUUACGGCGUCCCAUUAUCAUCUACGGAGUGAAGGUUGUCAAGAGUUUCAGAGGGGAGAGCAUUGACUUUGCUCGCUUUGAGGGCGUGUAUUUACCAUUUUUGUGGGAGCGCAAUUUCUGCUACAAAUCCCCUAUCACUCUUGGCUACACCCGAGGUCACUUCUCUGCCCUUGUGCCUAUGGAGCUGGACACAAACAUGCCACUUGGUGCUGGUGCUAAUAUUGACAAUGCUCCUGAUGAACAAGUGUUCUACCUGCCUCUGGUUGAUCACGAAGGAGUCUUUCUACCCAUACAUUUUAUAAGCGGUGCCGAGGCCAAUCCAGAUGAAACCAUUUUCAGACGAUGGUUUGACUGCAUUGUCACACAGGAAGGACACUUUGUAGCAAUUCAGCACGUGGGAAAAUGUCCGAUCAUGGUGAAGCAGAUGCUUGAUGUUUGGCUCGAUCAUUAUCGACAGAAAGCUGCGUCUAGUGAUGCAGAUAACAUCGGAACACAAGGAUUUUCUACUGACGGCGACAGUGAUCAGGACUGAUUACAUUAAUGACUUUAGCCAUGAUUUGUGAAAACACGGUUUAAUGCAUGUGCCUUAAGUGUUGUCCCAGAUAAGCCUGUGAACUCCCGACAUGCCAAUCAGGGACGACUUUUUACCCUUUUCAAUAUUUUUAAAAGAAAGUCUCUUCUCAGAAAAAAUCGUGUUCAACAUAAAAAGUGCAGCCAGCACAGGCUAAUCUUGGAGGACAAUUAUGCACGUGCUUUAAACCCCUUAUUUAUAUAGGAAGACCCAUUUGUUUUUAUCGUUAUUCUCCCUUAAUACUGGUGCACACAUAUUUAUCACAAUAAGGCAUACUCAGGGCCAAUGUUAACAUGAACAUUUAUGAACAUUUAUCUAAAAGCAAUUACAUAAUGAUGUUGUGCGGUAAGAAAAAAUGCAUGCAAUGUUUACAAAGUUUUUUAGACAUACAAGUCCAGUGUAAGUUUAAAGCAAUAUUACAAAAGUGCAUGUAUAGAAUGUGUAGAAGUACAUAUAGAUUCUUCACAGAAACUACAUUCAUAGCAAGUACAGAUUUGUUUAUGCCCGCAAAUAAAAACAACUUUAUAUAAUUAUUAAUAAAUACCUUACUGAGGAUUCAUUAUAAAUGAGACAUGUAUUAAGCACUAAUUAUAUACAUACUUUUUGAACCAUGGGUGUUUUUUUUAUAAAGUUAUUACCUUAUAAGUGGUUUGUAUGCUCCUUUAAUGAUGGCUGGGUAUGCUGUCUGUUCAUCGGUAGACCUUUUCUUACAAUUUUAACAGUUUUCAUUCAAUCUUAAACCAAACAUCAUGUAGCCAUGUACAAUCUGUUUGUGUUUUAAUGGCUGGAAUUUUUUUGUAAUUACUUCGUUUAUGUUAGUAUCAUAAUGAAGUCAGGAUGACAUUUAAAUAUUCAGGUAGUUCAAUAUUGUGCUAUUUUUAUGCCCCCCUUUAAAGAAGAGGGGGUAUAUUGUUUUGCACAUGUUGGUUGGUCCGUCGGUCUGUCCGUCCUCCAAUCAUGACUGGCAGAUGACCCCUAUUGAUUUUCAGGUCACUAGGUCAAAGGUCAAGGUCACAGUGACUCGAAAUAGUAAAAUGGUUUCUGGAUAACUCAAGAAUGCUUAGGCCUAGGAUCAUGAAACUUCAUAGGUGCAUUGAUCAUGACUGGCAGAUGACCUCUAUUGAUUGGUCAAAGGUCAAGGUCACAGUGACUCGAAACAGUAAAAUGGUUUUCGGAUGACUGGCAGAUGACCCCUAUUGAUUUUCAAUUCACUAGGUUAAAGGUCAAAGUCACAGUGACUCGAAACAGUAACAUGGUUUUCGGAUGACAACUCAAGAAUGCUUACGCCUAGGAUCAUGAAACUUCAUAGGUACAUUGAUCAUGACUGGCAGAUGACCCCUAAGGAUUUUUAGGUCACUAGGUCAAAGGUCAAGGUCACAGUGACUCGAAACAGUAAAAUAGUUUCCGGAUGAUAACUCAAGAAUGCUUACGCCUAGGAUCAUGAAACUUCAUUGGUACAUUGAUCAUGACUGGCAGAUGACCCCUAUUGAUUUUCAAGUCACUAGGUCAAAGGUCAAGGUCACAGUGACUCGAAACAGUAAAGUGGUUUACGGAUGAUAACUCAAGAAUGCUUACGCCUAGGAUCAUGAAACUUCAUAGUUACAUGACUGGCAAAUGACCCCUUAUAAUUUUCAGUUCACUAGGUCGAAGGUCAAGGUCACAGUGACUCGAAACAGUCAAAUGGUUUCCUGAUGAUAACUGAAGAAUAAUUAGGCUUAGGAUCAUGAAACUUCAUAGUUACAUUGAUCAUGACCUGCAGAUGACCCCUAUUGAUUUUCAGGUCACUAGGUUAAAGGUCAAGGUCACAGUGACAAAAAACGUAUUCACACAAUGGCUACCACUACAACUGACAGCCCAUAUGGGGGGCAUGCAUGUUUUACAAACAGCCCUUGUUAUGUUUGAAAUUUACACAUUAUUUGUUGCGAUGGUGACAUGAUUUGUUCUUUUUAUGCCCCCUUUCGAAGGAAAGGGGGUACAUAGUUUUCGCACUGUCCGUCAGUCUGUCUGUCAGUCUGUCACACUUUUCGUGUCCGCUCUCUAAUUCAAAUAGUUUUCAUCCGAUCUUUACCAAACUUGGUCAGACGUUGUAUCUAGACAAUAUCUAGGUCAACUUCGAAUAUGGGUCAUGCCGGGUCAAAAACUAGGUCACAAGGUCACUUAGUGCAUUUCAAGGAUUUAGCAUGGUGUCCGCUCUCUAAUUGAAGAAGUUUUCAUCUGAUCUUUACCAAACUUGGUCAGAAUUUGUAUCAAGACAAUAUCUAGGUCAAGUUCGAAUAUGGGUCAUGCCGGGUCAAAAACUAGGUCACGGGGUCACUUGGUGCAUUUCAAGGAUUAAGCAUGGUGUCUGCUCUCUAGUUUAUGUGGCUUUCUGAUUUAUUUUGAUAUUCUUAGACAUUUUUAUACCCCCGAAGGAGGGCAUAUAGCGAUCAGACUGUCCGUCUGUCUGUUUGUCCGUCACACUUUGCGUUUAGAUUUUGAAAAAUGCUCAUAACUUCUAUGUCCCUUCAGAUAGCAAUUUCAUGUUUGGCAUGCAUGUGUAUGUGGAAAAGGCCUUUCCAUAUGUACACACAUUUUGACCCCUGUGACCUUGACCUUGAACUUAGGGUCCGCGUUUAGGUUUCGAGAACUGCGUUUAGGUUUCGAAAAAAGCUCAUAACUUCUACCAAGCAUUUAUAGGGGGCAUAAGUCAUCCUAUGGUGACAGCUCUUGUUUUAUCAUAAGAGGUAAAUAAUAAAUUGAAUAUUGCAUGGUGGUGAUGUUUCCAUUGAUUUGAUUUUACUCGUGGAUUGUGCAAGUAUUGUUUUCCGGUUAUCCUGCUGGUUUGCUAAUUACAACAUCACAAAAAUAACUUGUGCAAUACAAGCCACCUGAUUACCACAGUAAUUUAAUAUUCCCUAUUUAUCUUGAAUAGAAAUAUUGAACAGAUACAAAUGAGCCGUGCUCUGUGAAAAGGGGGUUUAAUGCAUGUGUGUAAAGUGUCGUCCCAGAUUAGCCUGUGCAGUCCACACAGGCUUAUCAGGGACAGCGCAGUUUCUGUUUUUAUGAUUUUGUUUAAACAAAUCUCUUGUUAUCAGAAAUCAAGUUUAGGUGGAAAGUUUCGUCCCCGAUUAGCCUGUGCCAACUCCACAGGCUAAUCUGGGACGACACUUUUAGCACAUGCAUUAAACCCCCUUUUCUUAAAGCACGGUCCAAAAGUUUCUUUUAGAUUAAUCAAAAUGUCCACGGUUUGGUUGACCUUGUGUUAUUAUUGACUCUUAAUGAACAUCCACAUUCUAUUAUUUAUUUAUGGAGUCCGAAAACUUUUUGUCUGGAUGGUAACACAAGUUUUCUACUAGUGUUGUAUGCUUAGCAUCUGUUUAGUCACAAAUGUAAGUAUGCAUUUGAAUGGUGUUAAUUGUAAAUCGGCCCAGAUCAACAAGUUUAUCCAGUCGUUAUGAUGUAUCUUAUGUCGUCUCAUUCAUCGGGUAUUGCAGCAUAACCUCUGUUAAUAUAAAAUUUUAAUAAUGUUAAUACAAUGCACUUUUUUGUUUUGGUAUUUUCAUCAGAUGUAACUUAGAUUUAACAACUGAUUUUUGUUCUUACAAUCUUUUUUGAUAAUUGGUUUUCUUUUUUAUUCUCAUCCUAUGAUCUAAUACAUUUAAGUAAUAUUUUGAUUUGUUCUAUUCACAUCCUUGUAUGUUGAACUUUACAGAUAUUUACGUAAUAUGUUGCAUAUAAUUUGUGCUUAACCCUUUGCAUGCUGGGAAAUUUGUUGUUUGCUAAAAUGUCGUCUGCAGAAUUUCUAAAAUUAGCGUUUUCUUCGAUUUUUUUCAAAGAAUACUAUCAGAAUAGCAAACAGUUUGGAUCCAGAUGAGACGCCACGUUCUGUGGUGUCUCAUCUGGAUCCAAACUGUUUGCAAAGGCCUUCACAACUCGGUUCCCGCACUGUAAGGGUUAAGAUGUGUUUAUUUCUUCAUUAAAAACCAGUAGGAGUGCAUAGGCAAGUAGUAAUUAUGACUUUAUUUUUUUGUACAUGUGCAUGGUUUGUUCUAGAAGUAAACUGUAGAAGAAUGAGGGGCAUUUGUGACCGUUUUCAACUUAAUCCAUUUAUGCCUAGUGGACUCUCCCAUCCUUCUAAAUUGGAUCAAUUUAUUUCCAAAAUUAGGGAUGUCUAGUAUAUUUAUUUCUAUAUUUAGAAUAUUUUGUACAGAAAUUCCUUUAAGGAAACAGCGCAGACCCUGAUGAGACGCCAAAUCAUGCAGCGUCUCAUCUGGGUGUACACUGUUUGCCAAGGCCUUUUUUCUAGACGCUAGGCAUAAAUGGGUUAAUCUUGUUUGAAGUUCUGAAUCUGUUAUUUUACAUACCUAAUAUAAAAGAGAAUAAUAUAAAGAAGAGAAAAAACAUACAUCAACAGAAUUUCCAUGUGUUUGAUUGAUAUGGUUACUUAUUUAUUAAAAUAACUUACUUUGUUAUGGAAACAAAUUGUACUGUGUUAUUGUACACAGCAACAAAAUUUGCAAAGAAAAAAAUUACAGGAAUUUGUCACUUUAUGGUUUUAUGAUCACCCAGUUUGCAGGGAAUGUCUUUUUGGUGUGUUUUUUUCUGAAAUGUGCAAUGUCUUUUAAGCAGUGCACUGUUAUUCAAAUUCCAAGGGUAGCAGUAUACAUUUAUAGUCACCUCUGUCUUUGCGUGUCUUUUGUUGGAAACUGAAUCCUCUGUACAUUUUGAACAAUAAGUAUAUAUUGUCCCAUAUAACAAAUCACUAUUGAAUAGGAAAAAAUGUGGUCAAAUUGGGAAUGGUACCUGAUUACAUGAUAUCUGACUACACUAUUGUUAAAGUUUGUGUGUGGGUGAAAUAAAUAACUGAAUAAAAAUGAAAUGAAUGUCACCCUUUUGCCCUGUCUGCUGGUUUGUUUGUGUCGAACUUUAACAUUUGCCAUAACUUUUGCAAUAUUGAAGAUAGCAACUUCAUAGUUGGCAUGCAUGUGUAUCUCAUGGAGCUGCACAUUUUGUGAAAGGUCAAGGUCAUCCUUCAAGAUCAAAGAUCAUAUAUAGGGGUCAAAAUCGCUAAUUUAGUGUCAACUGUAUGGGGGGGGUGACAUAGUGUUUCACAAACACAUGUUGUUUAUGUCUGAAUUUGUAAUAUAAACAUGGCAUUCUUUGGGUGGGGCCAAUUUCAAAAUGGCCCACCAAUAUUAGUUUUUGAUGCAUACCAGUAUGUAUUGCUAGUAUAUCACACAUACAUGCAUUUUAUAUUUAAUUUUACAAACAUAUUUACUAUAUUCAUGCUUUUCGCAUGUUGGAAUGAUAAUUAUGUUUCGAUGUUGUAUUGUUUAUUGAGUGGUUUUGUUGUUGUUGAUACAUAGAAUUGAAAUUGCCAAUAAAACUUUAAACAUUUAA